AUGUCCUCAUCACUCAUCUUCACCGACUCCUCCACCUCCACAACUUCCCGUCUUCUUCCAUUUGCCCGAACCACUAACCCUUUUAAUGCCCCCGUUUUCUUUCGCCGCUUAGUGGGUCCUCUCCAUAUGAGACCCUUUGCCUCCUCCUCUCUCAGAACCCUCUCUAUUCGUUCUUCAAACACUCCGUCUCCUGUAAUCAAUGAUAAAUCGGGCGGUGAAGCGUCUGCGAAGGUAAUCGAUGGGAAAAUGGUGGCAAAGCAAAUAAGGGAUGAGAUAACAGCUGAAGUACUAAAGAUGAAGGAGGCAAUUGGUGUUAUUCCUGGGUUAGCAGUGAUUCUUGUUGGUGAUAGGAAGGAUUCUGCUACUUAUGUACGCAACAAGAAAAAAGCUUGUGAAUCUGUUGGGAUUAAUUCUUUUGAAGUACGUUUACCAGAGGAUUCAACUGAACAAGAAGUGAUUAGGUUCAUUUCGGAGUUUAAUAAUGAUCCUUCAGUUCAUGGAAUCCUUGUGCAGUUGCCUCUGCCUUCGCAUAUGAAUGAGCAGAAUGUGUUAAAUGCUGUUAACAUUGAGAAGGAUGUGGAUGGUUUCCAUCCAUUGAACAUCGGUCGUCUUGCAAUGCGAGGAAGAGACCCGUUAUUUGUUCCAUGUACGCCUAAAGGGUGCAUUGAGUUGUUGCAUAGAUAUGGUGUUGAAAUCAAAGGGAAGAGAGCAGUUGUGAUUGGUCGGAGCAAUAUUGUUGGGAUGCCAGCUGCUUUAUUGCUUCAGAGGGAAGAUGCUACUGUGAGCAUUGUCCAUUCUAGAACCAAGAACCCUGAGGAGAUCAUAAAACAAGCUGAUAUAAUAAUAUCUGCUGUAGGGCAACCAAAUAUGGUGAGGGGGAGCUGGUUAAAACCUGGUGCGGUUGUAAUUGAUGUUGGAAUUAAUCCAGUUGAGGACGCAAAAAGCCCUCGAGGUUACAAAUUGGUCGGAGAUGUCUGCUAUGAGGAGGCCUGCAACGUUGCUUCAGCUGUCACUCCAGUUCCUGGGGGUGUUGGUCCUAUGACUAUAGCAAUGCUUCUCUCAAAUACUCUAAGCUCAGCAAAGAAGACACACAACUUCCAGUGA